UCAAUCACGAAGAAAACGCUAUCAUACUCUUCAAGCGAUUUCAUUGAACAUUCCAAUUGAAACUAAUAUAAUAAUUUGUGGCAAUAGCAUUGAGCAAUACAUAAACAAAUUUGCAUUUUAUGAAGCAAUCUGUGUUCAGUUCCUUGUCCAUUGUGUUUAUAAAUCGCCCAUCGUGUGAUAUUGAAAGUCGUAGUUCAACACAGUUCAACAAAGUUUAAAAUAGACCUACAAACACAAAAACCAUGAAAGUGUAUACCAUGUGCUGUCGAUGGAACCUUUUGAUAGCAUUGACAUUAAUUAUAAUACCAUAUAAAACUGGUGCCGCAUACCGAGAACCAAACACCGACCCGCAACAUCAAUUGCAUCAACCAACUGAAUCUGCUCAAACGAAAGAGGAAAAACCACACGCACAACCUAAAAAUAUUGGCAAACAACGGAAGCCAGCAAAGGAAUUGGCGGAAGCUCAAGAGAGGGUUCAGAACAGUGUUAACAAAGUUGGUCUCGAAAAUCCUGUAGGGAAAAUCGAAUUUGAUACAAUCAAAUUGGUUGUUGCCGAUUUCAGCAAGGAAAAGGAUGGUAAAAAAGUUCCCGACAUGCUCUUCGAUAUUCUUGAAAAUCAAAAACGAAUGAUACAGAAAAUAGCGAAAGAAAUCGAAGAAAUCGAUAGCAGCAAGCAUUCAGUUGGAAGUAUAGAAAAUGAAAUGCCACCGAAACUAGAAGUAAAUGACGCACAUCAAAUUUAUGAGCGUGCAAUGAUGGUUCUUAAUAAAACCAAAGUAGAUCGCGUACUAGGGCAUAAGCUAAUGGUUGAAGCUGCUGGGAAAGGCCAUUCAAUUGCUAGGAGCCAUGUGGCAUGGGGGCAAUUACUCGGAAAUCCCGUAUCUCUAGAUAUCGAGACAGCUAGGACAUCGUUUCAAGAACUUGCUGAAGAAGGUUUGCCAGCUGCGCAUAUGGGAUUAGGAUUUAUGUAUGCAUCCGGUAUAGGAUUUAAUGUAAGUCAAGCAAAGGCAAUGUUGCAUUAUACAAUGGCUGCUGCUGGAGAAAAUUCAUGGGCACAAAUGGCUUUGGGCUAUCGUUAUUGGGCAGGCGUAGGUGUGCCUAAUAGCUGCGAAACGGCGCUAGACUACUAUAGAAAAGUGGCGACAAAAGUAGCAUCUGAGGUUACCUUUUCCGGUGGCUCUGCUGUGCACAGGAUUCGUCUGCAAGAUGAAGUAGAUAAUUCAGGGCCCAGUUCUGGUAUUUUGGACAACGAUUUAAUCGACUAUUAUCAAUUGCUAGCUGACAAAGGAGAUGUACAGGCACAGGUCGGGUUAGGACAGCUACAUUACCAAGGAGGACGAGGCAUUCCCCUAGAUCACCAAAGGGCAUUACAAUAUUUCAGUCAAGCAGCCAACUCUGGGAACGCGGUGGCUAUGGCUUUUUUGGGGAAAUUAUAUUUGGAAGGUAGUGAUAACAUCAAGGCCAAUAACGAGACAGCAUUCAAAUUCUUCAAAAAAGCUGCAGACCUGGGUAAUCCCGUCGGGCAGAGUGGUUUAGGAAUAAUGUAUCUACAUGGUAAAGGUGUUCGUAAAGAUACGUUAAAAGCUUUGAAAUAUUUUGCCAAGGCUGCUGAUCAAGGCUGGGUAGACGGUCAAUUGCAACUAGGCAAUAUGUACUACAGUGGAAUCGGUGUACAACGCGAUUUUAAGCUAGCGAUCAAAUACUUUAGCUUGGCUUCACAAUCUGGACAUGUCUUAGCAUUUUACAAUUUGGGUCAAAUGCAUGCCGUAGGGUUAGGCAUGAUGCGUUCAUGUCCGACCGCCGUUGAAUUGUUCAAAAAUGUAGCCGAACGGGGUAAAUGGACCAACCGUUUAAUGUCAGGAUACCAGGAUUACCGAUCUUAUCGCUUUGAAGAGGCUUUCAUGCAAUAUGCAUUACUCUCCGAAAUGGGUUACGAGGUUGCACAAAGCAACGCUGGAUUUCUGCUUGAUCGGGAGGAAGUGAAUUUGUUCAAAAACCGAGGAGAAGAGCUUUUGAGAGCUUUGCAGUACUGGGGAAGAGCAGCCGCUCAAGGCUACUCUGCUGCUCAAGUAAAACUCGGCGACUACCAUUAUUAUGGGAUGGGUACUUUGAUUGAUUAUGAAAUGGCAGCUUCACACUACAGGAUGGCUUCUGAACAGCAAAAUAAUGCCCAAGCUAUGUUCAACCUAGGGUACAUGCACGAGCAAGGUUUGGGAAUGAAAAAAGACAUUCAUCUCGCGAAACGCUGUUACGAUUUAGCCGCUGAUUCUAGCGUGGACGCUAAAGUACCUGUUACUCUUGCGCUGAUCAAACUGCAGUUGCUGUUUAAACUUGAAUCGCUGAAAGAGACUCCGCUGAAAAUAAUGUUUGACCUGGAUGAAAACAUCGCUUCCAAUUGGGAUUUAUACCUGAUUACCGCAAUAACAAUACUCUUUGGUGCAGCAUUAUAUUUUAGAAGGCCGGUUACGGUUACAGGCGUUCAGCGCGCAGAAACUAAUAAUCCUGUCGCAUAUAACCAUAACAACAUGAACGAAGGAGAAACUGACGACCGUCGUGAUCAAAACAACGAUUUACACAAUAUUGAUCCACCAAUUAAUUGAAAUAUGGAAUAGAAAGUAUGGAGACUAGUGCCCAAAGUUAAUACUUUUUAUUCUGUCUCGUGUUACUCAAAAAAUUUCAGUACUUCGUGAAACCUUGGUUUGAAUAUCGGUUAUGCCAUCGGUACCGCAGUUGUGAUUCUCCAAUCUUGUAUGUCUUUUUUGGAAAUUUGUAGAUUUGUUUUUCUGUAAUGUAAAGCAUAUUUGGGCAAACAACCUACAAAAAGAAAAUACAAUCCGUCAAUGGGUGAGCUGGCUUUCAAGGAAACAUUUUAGCAUGUAUCGAUCGAGAUAUGAUAAAUGUAUGAAAAGGUAAUGAUUAGGAAUGUUGCAAAACAAGAAAAAAAAUUGUAAAUAAAUGUGAUUAUC